AUGAUGAACGAAGCGAUCGAGGAGGAUCUGGCAUAUGAAGAUUUGAGGAAUGAUGAAGUCGACCUGCUCGACAUCAGUGCAGUUGAUGUGGACGGAGAAGACGACGAAGAGGAAGAAAACUCGAGCUACAACAGCAGCGACAAAACAAAUGGCUCAGCAGAUGCAGAAUUAAUAAAAUUUAAGGAGCAAAAUAUUUCUUACUACAAGAGGUUUUACGCUAACAAAAGUAUAUACUGUGUCAACUCCUUUAAGAAGUGGAUCUACUUUGGAAGUAUCAACAACAAUUGUUACCUGUACAACAAGUUCGAUGACGACUUGAGGAAUUUCGCACACGCGGGGGUUAGCACUGUUAGCGGCGUGAAUGGCAGCGUGAGCAGCGGCGGUAGUGCCAAAAUCAGCCUGCAGCACCUGAAGCACCAAAAGUACACAGACACCGUCACGAACAUAAAAUUCUCCAAGAGCUACAAAUACAUCGCCCUGUGUAUAUAUAAUGGGGACAUUUACAUUUACAACAAUAAUAAUAUGAACAAGUCAGAAAUUUUAAAUUACAAUAUUACAAAUUUUAAACAAAAUAUUAACAACAGCAAUUCUUUGCUUCACAUUUAUAACUGGAAUGUUGACUUGAGUCAAUUUAAAAAGGAAGAAGAUAAGGAAUGGAUUACCGAGGACAUGAAUUUUGUAAAUAUUCUAACAAUAAAUGAUACGAAUGAUAAAAAGGAUAUUGAAUAUUUUAUGUUUUGUCCUUUUAAUGAACAAAUCCUCUUAAGUAUAUACCUGGACUCGCCAAAUAUAUAUAUAUGGAAUAUACGGCAGAAUACUCCCCUUAGCAUUACCUACACGGUGGAUAUUCCUACCUUCAUUAACAUUUGUAAUUAUGAAAACAGUUUUUAUCUCAUUGCUGGGUUUCACAGUGGUGAGACGCAUGUGUACGAUUAUAAUGUGUAUAAUUUGAAGAAGCGCAAUGAGGGUAAGAAGCAUGAGGGUAGGGUUAAGGGUGAGAGCGGCCGCGUAGACGGCGGGAGGCAGCAGUAUCACCACGAUCAGUACAACCAUGACCAACGCGAGUGGCACCAUGCGCAGCAGAUCAUGAGCGAGGAGCUGGACAACAGCAACGACGUACUCUGCAUAGACAAUAACCUCGCGAAUGAAAUUUACGUGGCCACACACCGAAACGUGAUACAGAUCUGUAGCGUCAGCAAUAACAGCGUCAUCAGCACCUACCAUAACCUACACAGCGACCUAGUAGACUACUGCCUCUUCAACAACAAGCGAAAUAACAUCUUCGCUUCCUCCUCCCUCGACAACAGUAUCAUUGUGUACGACUACCACUGCAAAAAAUAUAUUAACAAAUUCCUUGUGAACUACGAUUUUAAUAAAGUGGACACAAACAACCAAAUGGAAAAAGGAAUAAAUUUCCUCAAAUGGAUCAACACAAAUUUGCUCCUUUUUUCAAGUCUAAAUGGGAAUAUUUAUAUUUACGACAUUCGCUCUAGGCAGUGCAUUCACCAGUUCUACAGUCACACAGAUACCAUAUUCAACGUACAUUUGUCUUUACACUUGUAUGACCAGAAGAACAUCCUUUCCAUUCUAACUGCCAGCGACGACCGUUCCUCGAAUAUGCAUUUCCUGGAUAUUUCUGCGUUUAUUUAG